CCUGUCCUCUACUCCUCUCCCCUGCCUGCCUGCUGCGUGAAAGGGACGCCACCAAACCCGCCCCAAAACCCUCCGCCCCUCCGCACGCGCCGAUCAUGGCCACCACCACCGCCGCCGCCCUCCGCCUCCUGCGCCGCCGCGCAGCGGCGCCGCCGUCCCCGAUGCUACGGUCUCCUUUCCCUGGGCCGCAUUCCAAGGCCUCCGCCGCCUUACUGUCGACCGUCUCCCGUCUGUACGUCGCUCCGCCCCUGCUGCGGCGCUACUCGACCAAGGGCACGGACGGUACCGCUCCCACAGACAUCCCUGGGACCGGCCGCAUGAAUCAGGGCACUGACGAUACCACCGCUGAUGACAUCCCCAGUGCUUACCUUAAGAACGGGGGCACUGACGAUACCACCACCACCGAUGACGUCCCUGGUGCUUACCUUAAGAGUGGGGGCACUGAUGGUACCACCACCGCCACCGUCAUUGCUGGGAACUGCCUUCACAAUAAGGGCAUUGAUGGUGCCACCGCAGCCGCCGACGUCCAUGAGACUUGCCUUAAGAAUAAGUUUUCUGCCACGAGAGUACUUCGGUCAUUCAGUAGUGUGAAUCCCUUGUUUAAAAAUCCAAUGGGGUGUUCUCCUUUUGGACGGUUUUCGUCAUGCUCCUACAGACAAAUGUCCACUUUGUCUUCAUGGGACUCACAACCUGUGACUAACACAAUCUAUUUUUCCAGGAAAUUCAAGCCUGAAGAUCUAGAAAGGAUCAUUGAUCACUUCCAAAAAGUCCCCUUCUUUACCUCAAUCCUCUCAAAUAGGCUAUUUAAUGUCACAGCCCCUCCAUCUGGCAAGCGCGCUGCGAAGAACCCAUUUUGGAAAUCUGUUUCUAGGAUGAGCCGUCUUUCACUUUCAGAAGCUGCUGGGAUUGCCCUAAGAUCGUUGGCUGAGGUAGCAUCUGAAAACCACAUUAGAGGUAUUGAACUUGGUGAGGCAAUCUGCCUGGAUAAUAUAUGGAUAGACAAGAAAACGGGAAAAUGUGUUUUCCGUUACAUCAAGCCAAAAGCAGAAUUACGGCAGGGUCCUCUUCGGCAGGAGAAAGUGGCUAGUGAUAUGAAGCGUUUGGCAAAAGUAAGCAGAGAAAUUAUCCAGUUACUUCAUCCACAAGCUGUCCAUCCAGCGCCCCUCAGCCAUUGGCUUGAUUUGAUGGAAGAAUCGCAGCCAAGGAUUGAAAUGAUUAUGUAUCAUACUCUGUUCCUUACAACCCCAAAGCGAUUCAUUUAUCAUGUCACGGUUGAUCAGAUUCUUCGCAAAGAGUUUUCUGUUGGGGAUAAAAUGAUCCUUAUGGAGAUACUUUGCAACAUCGCUCAUCUCAAAGGACUUUUCACCAUUGCUGAGUUGCAUGAGCUAUUGAACUAUUCCAUGGGUCUCUCAAGAUUGGGGUUUCAAAAGAGGCAAAAGAUGAAGGAAGCCAAAGCAGCUGCUGCAGCAGCUGCUGAAGAAGCUGCUGCAGCUGGUACAGCACUUUCAUCGGGUUCAACAGCUGGUACAGCACUUUCAUCGGGUUCAACACCUGGUACAGAUCCUGGAGAUGGCACAGCCACAUUAGCUGCAGUCACUGUGAAGAGUAAAAGGAGGAGAAGGAGACGGUCCAAGAAAGGUAACCAAUCAGAUCCUCUUGAAGGGACACCAGCGCAAUUUCUAGGCGAAGCUGAGAAAAAAGAGUUCCUGAAGAAUCUCAAUGAUGGACGAAAUGUUGUUAGUUUUAUACGCGAUUGCCCGGUGCAUGGUUGUGAGUGCGCGUGCAAGGGUUUCAUCUUUGUUGACCCAUCGAUGUUGAAUCGAAAUGAUAUUGUUGAACUUGUGCACUUCGUUUUCAAGGACUUCGACCAUGAAGUCCUGGAGCUGUUUCAUCAGAAGGGUAUAUUCCACCUUCUCAACAUGGAGGCUCUAUUUGGUGAAGAGAAAGGCAAGUGGAGACUUCGCUAGAAGAACAUCGCAGCUCAAAGUUCAAAGAUACUUCUAAUAGUCAUAGUCCAUGGAUUCUUGAGGAUCAAGUGAAGAAGGUUGCAAAAGUGGGUGCCGCUGUUGACCUUGUGGGAGGGCUUCUGCAAUAUAUACAAAUAUCUAGAAUCGAAGAGCUGUAACAGUUUACUGUUUAGUUUAUCAUUCUUGUGACGUUGUAGUAUUGCAUUCAUGCUGGCAAAGAUGUCGAUUAGAGCACCUCUCGGAGUUUGCUCCUACUUUUUUCUGUGUAGAACUGAGUUAGCCAGAUGACUAUGCUAAGCUGGUAUUCAGUGUAGGGGAGUAGAAUUUAACUGUUCCCUUGAUUUGAACCGAGUAGCUAAGAUAAGGCCCAAAGUGACGCAAUUUCUAGGACAUCUCACUUUAUGCUAUGAUGUGUGAAGACUGACGUACCGUUUGA